AUGACACACCAAAAAACGGAAAGACAGGACGUUGCUGUGCCUGUAGACCAGAAUGUGAGUACAGAAGUUCUCAAGAGUCAACAUAUCAACAUGGAACAGUUCCCAACGGACGAUGAAUCAUAUAGCACAGAAAUAGCAAGCUAUGCGACUUCCUUGACAUCUGCAGUGACAAGCUACAACUGGCAGUAUGGCCGACGAUAUCAUUCAUACAAAGAAGGAAGCUAUAAAUUCCCAAAUGAUGAACGAGAACAAGACCGCCUUGAUAUGAUCCACCACAUCAUCAAGUUGGUAUUGAACGAUCGGCUAUUCCUAGCCCCGAUCGAGAAUGGCCCGAUUCGGGUUCUCGAUAUUGGGACUGGGACCGGCCUUUGGGCUAUCGAGUUCGCGGACCAGUUUCAAUCUGCUCACCAGGUCAUCGGCAACGACCUAAGCCCUAUCCAGCCCUCAUGGGUCCCCCCUAACGUCGCCUUCGAAGUCGACGACGUCGAAGCAGAAUGGCCACAGCGACCACCCUUCGACUUCAUCCACUCGCGCUACAUGUGCGGGUCGAUCGUGGACUGGCCCAGACUCGCGCAACAGGCCUACGACCAACUGAAGCCCGGCGGGUGGGUCGAGUUCCAGGAAUACAAUCUGGUCAACUACUCCGAAGACGGGUCAAUCAAGGAGGGGAACAAUGUGCAGCGGUUACACGAGUUGCUGCGGGAGGCAUGCGAUAAAAUCAACCGGCCUAUAACCAUCGGAGCGGAUCUGGAGCGCAUUGUAAAGGAGACGGGGUUUGUUAAUGGCAAGCAUCAAGUGUUCCAGGUGCCGCUUGGGACGUGGCCGAGGGAGCGGAGGAUGAAGGACAUUGGCGCGUUGAAUAUGUACCAGAUGUUGGAUGGCUUAGAGGCGUUUACCACCGCUACUUUUACUGCCAUCCUGGGCUGGACGAUCGAGGAGGUUCAGGCUUUCCUUACGCUGGUUCGACAGGAUGCGAAGGAUCGGAGUGUCCAUAUGAUGCAUGACUUACAUGUAGUUUAUGCACAGAAGCCGUGGCAGUAA